UAUCUACUGUAAACAUUGCUACUCAGCAGAGACGAGGGCUUUGGGCUGAAAGGUUGGAGGGUGUGACAGCUGAAGUCUGCUCUGCUGCUGCAGCGUGACGUGGAAUAACUCGGACCUACAGCUUCAUGUUGAUCUGACUGUCCGUGGAUCAGCUCCCUCCCCGAGGCCGCAGCACAGCCGUUUCCUACACAGACUCAGAUCUGAGUGUCCUGGGAGGGGGGAGGAUGCAGCGGGGGUCGUCAGUAGACAGCAGUGGGUCCAGGUUCACUCCUCUGGUGGUGGUGGAACUGGCCUCCAACACCAAGGAAGAGGCAGUUGCAUGGCUGCUCAGCAGGAUAAGAGACCAGCAGCAGAAUGGAGGUGCUGAGUUGUUCGUGGAGCAGUUGGGUCCUGGAAUUGAUGCUCAGGAGAAGGAAAACCCCAACAUAUUUCUGGUGGGGGCCUCCUGGCAGAGGCUGCUCUCUGGUGCUGAGGAUGUGGGCCUCUUCAAGGAAUACAGUGAUGGGUCCAUGAGGGGCUUUACACGUGCCAACAAACACAACUUCAAAGACUUUAAUGGGGAUGGAGACGACUUCCUCAGUAUGGCUGAGUGUCAGUACAUUAUCAAACAUGAACUGGAAACACUGCGAGCCAAAGAUGAGACUCAUGUACCAGGACACAGCCAGGCCAAGCUCUACCCCGGGAAAUCUAUCAUUCGCAGACUGCUGUCCAAAGGGAUUCUGGUCCAGAUUUUUCCUCUGCAUGAAAAGGAAGAACUAAAGAAGCUCUCUUUUUCUUGGUAUAAAAAGGUGAAGUUGUCCCUUCAGCCUCUUGAUGACAUCAGACACUACUAUGGUGAGGGACAGGCCCUCUACUUUGGCUUUCUGGAGUACUUCACCUUUGCCCUAGUACCGAUGGCCCUCAUUGGGGUGCCUUACUAUCUGUUUGACUGGGAGGACUACGACAAAUAUGUGGUCUUUGCUGUGUUCAACUUGAUCUGGUGCACUGUUAUCCUAGAGUUAUGGAAGCGAUUCAGUGCCUCACUGGCCUACCGCUGGGGCACACUGAGCAGGAAAAAGGCCUUUGAAGAACCUCGGCCUGGGUUUCAUGGUGUCCUCGGGUUCAACCCUGUGACAGGACGCGAGGAGCCCGUCUAUCCCACAGCCAAGAGGCACCUGCGAAUCUACCUUGUGUCCCUGCCUUUUGUCCUGCUCUGUCUCUACCUGUCCCUCUACGUCAUGAUGAUCUACUUCCACAUGGAGGGAUGGGCGCUGACGAUCCACGAUGAGGACCCCACGUUCUGGACAGGAAUACUGUUGUUUAUUCCCAGUAUUAUCUACGCUGUGGUCAUAGAGAUCAUGAACCUCAUCUACAGAUAUGCCGCUGAGUUCCUCACUGAGUGGGAAAACCACAGACUAGAGUCUUCAUAUCAGAAUCACUUGGUCCUCAAAGUACUAGUUUUCAACUUCUUCAACUGUUUCGCCUCGCUGUUCUACAUCGCCUUUGUUAUGCAGGACAUGGUGCUGCUCAGACAGAGCCUGGCCACCUUGUUAAUCACGAGUCAGAUCUUGAAUCAGUUCAUGGAAGCCUUCCUGCCCUACUGGCUCCAGAGGAGGCGCAACAAAAAGGUUAUCCGCAAAGUCCAGAAACAAAAAACUUUGGAGGAAAAAGAGCUUCCUCUGGAAGAGCAGGUGCGGCUGGAGGCCGACAUGAGCACGUACUUGGGAACAUUUGAUGACUAUCUGGAGCUGUUCCUUCUGUUUGGAUAUGUCAGUCUGUUCUCCUGCGUCUACCCUCUAGCUGCUGUCCUAGUGGUGUUAAACAACAUCACUGAGGUUUAUUCUGAUGCCUUCAAAAUGUGUCGAGUGUUCAAACGACCCUUCUCUGACCCAGCUGCAAACAUAGGAGUUUGGCAGCUUGCCUUUGAGGCCAUGAGUGUGAUAGCUGUUGUUACCAACUGUGCGCUGAUCGGCAUGUCCCCACAAGUCAAAGCUUACUUUCCUGACUCAGAGACACAGCUAAUACUGUGGACAGUGGCUAUUGAGCAUGGACUGCUGGCCUUCAAGUUCAUCCUGACCUUCCUCAUCCCAGAUGUUCCCAAACACAUCCAGAUCAAACUGUCACGCCUGGAGUUUGAAUCACUGGAGGCUCUCAAGAAAAAGAGACAACUCCAUGGAGGAAAAUGCUGGAAGCCGUGGAGCUCAGUAAGACUUUCCAGUGAGGAGGAGCGGAGGGCCCCCAGAUACUGAUGAAGACUCUUGUUUACGUCCCCGUAUUGACACACACUCCUCCUAUUGUAUGUAUUAUGUUACUUUUGGCGUUUGUGUGGCUGUUUUUAAUACACGGUUAAUCUGCAAUAUCUUCACCGCAUCACUGAAGGGCGGGAGUUUCUACUAAAACGAUGGUUCACUAUUCCAGGGGUGGAAUAGAAGAAGGUUGCUUUAGAAGCAUAGCUGCGUACCAAAUGUAUUGUGUUGGUCUUUAAUGACAUGUACUGUAAUGAGGUAUUGGGUUGGGGUUGUGUACUUCUGGGAUAAACGGUGGGAAGUAUGGGCCAGGUGUUCAAAUCACAGAGAGAUGCUGUAAACGUGAUAUACUGUAGAAAAUACCGAUUUCGUAUGCAAGACUGUUGAUGAAAGUACUUUUCUGCUUGUGUUCUGCUCUUCAGCCACUAAAGUCACUUUGGGUUGGGUUCAAUCAGGACUGAGGUUUGGGAUGAUGCACAUUUGAAAGUUUGUCUCCAACAGUUGUAAUUACUAAGCCUACAGGACGAUGGUUGAUGGUGUUUGCACAGUCAACACCCUUCACCAGAGCCUCCAUCUAAUCACCUUCUGGUUUAACUGAUGGUUUAACCACUGAUGUUGACAGUCUCUCAGUAUUAAAGCUGCGUGAAUUUUUAUCCUCAGCACUUCAAGCAUGGAAGUAAAGAAAGGCCACAAAGAUUUAAAUGUUAAAAGAAACCAAAACACUAAUCGUUAAAUGCAAUAAUGACCGAAGAGAACAGUUCACACAACUGAUAGUUUGGUACAUUUUCAUAGAAAACAAACCAAAGAAAGUUUCAUAUUUAUAUGUAGUGUAAACUCUAUUCAGCAGGAGCUCAUUGGCUGUUAAUCUUAUAGUUAAGGACAUCAAAUGCUGCAUCCUGUUGAUAUAAAAAGACAAUAUAAAAUACAUUUAAAUAUGAAUCAUGGGUAAUUUAGCAAGGUCGAUUCAAAUGUUAAGUGUGAGUUACCACAUCGGAAAUUCAUAUAAAUUGUGCAUUAUCUUCAGCUUUGAAGGCUAAUCCUGCUAGCUUGCAUUCAGCAUGCAGCUCCACUCGAGAGUUUCUGUUCAGGGAGUGUGAAGACAUCAACAUAAAUAGACUUCUGACAGCUGGAUCACAGCACAAUGUCUCGUACUGAACUCAACACCCUGUACUAGAACUGUAACAUUUCUUAUCUAUAAUAUUAUAAUAAAUAAAUACAACAUUUACACUUAAUGGCAGCAAGGACAACACCGUCAAGCCUGCAUGAAACAAAUCUGACCUCUGCCCUAUCAGGUUACAUUCUGUCAGUCAUGUGAUUAUGAUCUAAUUUAAUAACUGAUAGGGACGUUUCUGACACGGCAAGGCUCGACAACAGUAUCUUGGAAAACCACAUAAAAUCUGGUGGAUCGUUUUUAAAGUUUAAAAAAAAGUUAUAAUACUAUAAAUAUUGAACUUUCAGUCAGUGUUCAGCUUGAUUUAAUCUCACAAUAAAAUGCAAAUUCAUUUGGCCUUCCUUUCCUUCCAGACACAAGCGAUCAUAAUUGAUUUUAUUGUACUGUCUUAUCGUAGCAUGUGACGUGACUGGCGUAUUAUCUUAAAACCAGUAUCAGUUAGUUGCUUCCAGCGUAGAGGACUAUGACUUGAAGUUUAAAACCAUGCACUCUUCUAACACCCCUGGUGCCUUGAAAUGCAAUGCAAUCUUGUUUUUAUAUGCUCCUCAUACUGUCCUGUAGUAUUUACUUUACAAAAUGUACUGAAGCUGUAACAGCACAUUGGAACCAUCCUUGGCUUAAAUAAACUCCAAAACAAGGAAAUGAAAA